UGGCGCAGCUUUUCGUAUCGUGAUGGCGUUCAGAUGUCUCAGAUGAUCCGCUUUUUUCACCAUUUUCUCAUAGUUUAUUGUAAAAUUACAAUUCCCUCUUGCUAGUCAUAAAACAUUAGAUUUAGUAUGGACUGUUUGUACUCUCCAGCAGUCAAAAUCUGUUCAACUUGGAUAAUAUUCGCGGCGCUGGACACGCUGAUUACAGGUGCAUUAGUCAGUGCAUUUCCAAAACAGUAUGCAGGGUAUGCUGUGAUCCUCCCAUUCAUUUUCCCUGUAUCUUCAGAUAGCAGUCAUAGUGGGAAACCCUCAUCAGUCGAAGUGAAGAAACAUCUUGAAUUGGGUGGUGAAUUUUUGUCCAAAGGACAACUUCAAGAUGCUCUAUCACAUUACCAUGCUGCUGUGGAGGGAGAUCCUGAAAACUACCUCACUUACUUCAAAAGAGGCACUGUUUACUUCGCUUUGGGCAAAGCAAGUUUAGCAUUUUCUGAUUUUGACAAAGCCCUAGAAUUGAAGCCUGAUUUUGAUGCGGCUAAGUACCAAAGAGGUGUCGUAUCUAUGAAACAAGCUGAUUUGACUCAAGCCCUAAAGGACUUCAAUGACAUUUGGCAGACUAGCAGUGAGCAAUCUGCCGAUGCCAAAGAACAAUUGGAUAAAGUCAAUAGGUUAGUUGACAUCAUCGAAUUCGCUGAGCACAGUUUCAACAAGAAAGACUACCAAACAUCAAUCCAGUACCUCACAUCUGCAAUCGAGCUUUGUCCGUGGGCGCCUCGGUUGAGAGAUCUUCGGGCCUCCUCAUACCUUGCCAUCAAUGACCUAACAUAUGCCAUAAAUGAUCUGCGCAGUGCCACAAAACUCAUCCCAGACAACACGGAUGGAUAUUAUAAAUUAUCCAAGCUGUUUUAUGAAAUCGGAAAGGUUCAGGAUGCGUUACGAGAAAUUCGAGAAUGCCUUAAACUUGAUCCGGAACACAAGCUGUGUUUCCCUCACUACAAAGUUGUUAAAAAAGUAGACAAAUUAUUGGCUGAAGCCCAGCAGAAUCUUGACGAGCAAGAUUAUGAAUCUUGCAUCUCUAACGCAAAGAAGGUUUUAAAAACCGAGACGAAAGAACAACAAAUUAUAUUUUUAGCAAACGAAAAGCUGUGUCAAUGUUACCUUAAGAGCGGCCAAGUAAGUCAAAGUUUGACAGCAUGCAAUGAAGCGCUAGAAAUUGAGAAGACAGCCUCUCUAUACUGUGAUCUAGCAGAAGCACAUAUCGCAGCUGAUAUGUUUGCAGAAGCUAUACAUGACUACAAAGAGGCCCUUGAAAUAGAAAGUGGAUACCAAAGAGCUGAAGAAGGCAUCAAAAGAGCUCAGAAGCUCCAGAAACAAUCCGAGAAACGAGACUAUUAUAAAAUUCUAGGUGUUUCAAGAAACGCCAAUAAGCAGGAAAUAACAAAAGCAUACAGGAAAGCUGCACAAAAAUGGCAUCCUGACAACUUCCAGGGUGAAGAAAAGAAGAUGGCCGAAAAGAAAUUCAUCGACAUUGCUGCUGCAAAAGAAGUUCUCACUGACCCAGAAAAAAGACAGAAAUUCGAUCAGGGUGAAGAUCCGCUGGAUCCUGAAGGUCAAGGUCAGCAGCAAGGUUUCAACCCGUUCCAACAAUUCCACCAGUUCCACGGCAGUCCGUUCCAGUUCAAGUUCCACUUCCACUGAUUCAACGAAUCAAAAAACUUGUGUCAUUGUAAUUUAAUGUCCUUCAUUUUGCCUUUCCCUAUUAUGACUGGUAACUUCUCAAUGUGUCGAAAGCUCCAAUUCUUUGAACCAUUUUGUAUGAAUUUAGAUCAAACUUUGUCUCAAAAAGACUGAUUAGAACUAAAAUCUACAUGAAAAUUCUCCGCAGAUGAGCUCAGUAACAUUAAUGGUUUUUCAUUAUUGGCACGAGUGUUCAAACAAAUCCUUGUUGGUAAGCUAUUGGUUGCUUCUUGUUUCAAAAUACCAACACACUUUGAUGAGGCUGCCGGAAUCUUUUAUUCGCGUUUUAUCUAGUGGCCCAUUGAACUUCAUUCUAAACAGAUCUAUAUAUCUACAAAAGUUGUUUUUAAAAAAUCUGUAUUUAAAAACGCCAUGUAGGUAUAAUGAACUAAAAGUUUUUUUUUUUAAAAAAAAAAAAAAAAUUCUUUUCAUAGAAAGAUCAAUUUUUCUGAAAUAUAUCCAAGAGUAGUUACAAUUUUCGCUGUUGGAUGGAUUUCAUUUUUUGCCAAUCUGCUACCAAAAAAACACAAUUCUGACCAAUUUUGAGACUCUUUAGUUACCUGCUCAUUGCUCAUUAGAAUCAGGAUAAUUGGCAAUGUUAUUCACGGAGGACGAACUGUUUUGGCCACUAUUAGAGAAGACAUUUUCACCACCAAUUUCUAUUUGCAUAAAGGAUACAUUUGGUGUUCUGUUGAUGAAUGCCUUUCAUCUAGAGUGCUGCCAAAUAAAGUUUCGGAGGAUUGAAGUCAACGUUUUUGUUUAAACAAUGGAGUUUUUCGCACAGUACUACCAGGUCUUGCCUUGUGACAAAAUGAAGUGUAGUCAAACCAUGUAAAUUUCUCUUGUAAUUCUUUUGUACAUAAUUUUAGUCUUAAGUUUGUACAGGAAUAUUGACGCAAUCAAGUCCUUUCUUACCUGCAUAAUGUGUAGUUAUCCGGGACUGAUUCUUAAUCAUGGAAACAUGUCAAGCAUUGAAUUACCAAGAUAGUUAAGUUCCAUAAUAAUGGAACUCCUGCUCCUAAAUCAGAAUUUUUAGUGCUCCAAGGCUCAUAGAUACUGAAAGCUUGAAAAGUUUAAAUGUUGAUGUUAAGGUUGAAAUUUAGUGGCUGUUUAUAAAUUGCGUAACUUUCUGGUGGGAAAGGAGAGCGUGAGAGAUUAGUUCCAGGGAACGGAAGCGGCUAAACCUGUACUACAGAACUAUGUCAGUUUAAAAGACUAUUUCAGUGUGGGAAAGUUUUUUGAGCUUGUUUUCAACUCUGGGUUACUGCAUGAUUUAUAUGAAGGGUAAAAAAAGUUACAGCAAGUGUGUUGCAUGAUUUAACGACCCUUGAGGACCUUUGGAGGUCUCAAAAGGCUGAUAACUGGAUGAAGGAAUCAAUUUUUCCUCCUUCUCUGUGCAAUAUUAGGGGUACAGUUUUUUGUCACUUUAAUGGUAUCUUCAGUUUUUCUUUCAAAUCUAAAUCACAAAAUUAAUUUUUAUUUAUUUAUUUGUAACUGCCUCAUAAUUUUGGUGGCAUAAUAGAUUGAUCAUAGCCUGGAACUUUUUCUGUCUCUGUUGUUUUGAAGGAAGAAAAAAUUUCAGUUGGAAUCUCGAGUGACUGACAGUGAUAUUGCUUAUCACUCUGUUAUUUCAACACUUUACAAUUUUAGUGCGUGAAGGAAAAUGAUUUGGGUAAUCGUUUCUCCUGUAUGAUCAGGAAAAAUCAAAGUACCAACCAUAUGUAUUUCAAAGAGUGGUUUAAUUUGGUCAAUUUUACGCUGGUGCCACAAUAUAAUUUGAGAUCUUCUAAUUUAGACUGACUGCUCAAAAAAAACUUCCACAUUUUCAGUUCAAACGAUUUUCAAAAGACAAUUCACCUUAGAAUACGAGGAAUAAAUUUCAUGAAAUUGACUUGAAUUUCUUCCUCCUACCCAAUUUUACUCGAUCUUAAAAGUUUUUACAAUCAUUGAAAAAAGACUUCAGAAAAUUGUAUUGCAGAUGAGGAAACCUGAGAUCUUAAUGUAAAUGUUAAAAUAAAUUGAGGAAAUUCUUCCCUCAUUUUGAAUGUUGGAUGAGCAUUCAUUGAAAAAGUGACCGAUUUCUCCCUCUAAAAUUCCCCUCUCUCUAAAAUUUGUGUAUACCUAAUCAUAAUGCUAUAAUUUUUCUAUGAGGAUAUGUAGAAUCAGUCCCUUUGUGAUCGAAGCGUUUGUUAAUUUUCAAGAUUUUUUGUUGUUAAUUGUUUGUGCAAUGCCUCUAAUUCAGUUACUCUAAUCAAGGAGCGUCUAAGAAACAAAAAUCUGGAAAAACUAGCUUUUAAACAGCCUUUUUACCAGUAAAAUUGAAUUGCCAUUUUCCCUGUAAUCGAGUAAGCAAUGAAGGUGACUUUUUACUGAAGCUAAAAGAAUUCUUAAUGCAUGAAGCUCAAAUAUCAUUAUAAGGCUUUUUAUAAGGUAAAAGCCCACUAUCAUUUUCUUAAUUUGCUCGAACGUCUAAUUUCAUAAAGAAUCUAAAAAUCGUCCCUCUAGUCAAACCUAUCCAAAAAAUUAAGCUCAGUUCAUAGAGAAAUUUGGCACUUGCUCAAACUUAAAGUUAACACGUCCAAAUGCUUUGUGCAGUUUUUUUUUAAAUUAAUUAAAUGUUAUAAAACAGGCAAGCUUGGCAAUGGUGUGUGUUUAUUACUUAUUCAUCACAACAACGAUGCCCAGUGACAAAUUUCGGUAAUGAAGAAGAUAAUAAGAAAAAUAUAAAGCAGUUCUGUUUUGAUCAAUAUUUUUCUUUGCAGCAGUAGGUUUUAGCAUUCCUUCUCCUAAAAAUGUACAUACAUCAUGGAAGAAGAGAGAUCUCUCCAAGGAGUAAGCUGUGAAAAACGCAUUUGCAUCGAAGCUUUGUAAUUGAUCAUUUGUUGUUUUCAAUACUUACUUUGUUAAUAGAUCACUUACGUCUAAAUGAAAGAGUUUUUCACUUGGUGAGUUCGUUGUCUUAUGGACACAUAUCAUACCACUGAUUUUCUGCCGCAUCAUGUUAAAACAUGGACGAAUUAAAAUUUGCACUCAUUUUAGUUCUAGCAAAGAAAAGUAAUCAAAUUUUAAAUCUGGCUCUUCCUAAUUCCAAGUAGAUGAGAGGCAAUGCCAAAUUUCUCUUAAAAAUUUGUGAAUUUUUCAAAUUUUUGCAACAUUGUUGUUGCCAAUCAUUGUUAUAAAGUGAAUCAAUGUCUCUCAUAAAUUUCAUUGUGAUGAAUGUAAAAUGAAAAAGUAAGAAAUGAAUAUUUCCAGAUAAAGAAAAAAAUAAAUAAAUAUACAUAAAAAACAACAAAACACUUUGCGCUCAGUUUAUAUGUGUCAACUGUAUUUGAUCCAAAUAUUUUGCCAAUACAUCAGCAUCAUGAAGGAUGUAGAUACUCUUGAUUCAAGAAGAAUUAAUCUUUCAAAAGAAUAAACAAAGAUAUUCCAA